AAACAAUAACACUUCUAAUCUUUCCACGUAUUGGUUUUUUCUAAACUUCCCGAUUCCUGGCCGUUCCGAUCCCUCUACCGGCUUCAAGGCUCAGAACAUACCUGCCCAGGUGCAGUAUCAAACAUGAUACAACAUCCUCGAGGCUUCAAAAAUCGUGCCGGCAAGGAGAGCCUUGUCAAACACUUGACAAAAAAGCGCGACUCGACGCUGCCAAACCUCGACAUGGCUUCGCCUGUAGAAGGCUCUCUCACGUCCCCAAUCGUAACCCUCGUAGUCGGACGUGAGCAGCGUCUAUUUGCAGCUCAUCAGGACGUUCUCUCUGCCUCUCCCUACCUCCGAAACGCUUGUCGGACGGCUAGUUUCGAUUCCGCCAACACCCGAAGGGUCGUGCUGUCUGAUGAAGAGCCAGAAGCUUUCUCCUGUAUUCUUGAAUAUCUCUAUAAGGGAGACUAUUCACCGCGUCUGCUUCACGACAAGAAGCACGAUGCUUGGUAUUUGGAACGAAUCGAGGAUGGCCAUCCGUAUCAAAACCCAAAUGAGGUAGAAGCUCGGGGCCAGCGUCCGACAAUCAGUGUUGCUGGACUUGACGGAUUGAUUCUUAGAGAAACCGUCGUCUAUUCGUACGCGGAGAAAUACGGCCUAGAGGAACUCAAGCGUUUAGCACUCCGUAAACAAGGCCUCCAGAGUGGCAUUGAAGUAGCAACAGUGUUGCGGUCCGCUCGCUUUGCGUACGACAAUACUCCAGACUCUGAAUCUCGCCUGCGAGCCCACUAUCUGGCUCUCAUUAUCCAAUGCCGUGAGACGUUCAAGCGAAGCGGCACAAUGCAGAUGGAGAUGGAAAUUGGCGGGAAGCUCUUCUUCGACUUAUUUGUUGCUAUGUGCAACCAUCUGGAUGACCUUAUGGAUGCCACUGACGGGCAACCAUGACCUCGUGAACAGCAAAUCUGAUAAAGAACGUCAUCAAUAUAUUCACGAACAACGAAACCAAAGAUAUCAAUGGCAGUAAUCGACGACGAAAUUGUUCAUCCUUGUAUUGCGUAAAUUUGUUUUUAGACCAGAAUGCUGACUCGCGUCAGAAGAUACCCACAUCGGAUAUUAGUUUUUAUGCCGCUUCAUUACCUUCAAGGAUUACUCUAUACACAGCAUACCAGUUUCCAUAUCAGUUUUUCUGGGACUUAAUCGGACGGAAACUCCCUUCUUUCGAUCAGACUGACGUAUCUUAUUAUUUCUAUAUAUGCGGAGCAUUAUGAGCUCAAAGAAUUUAGCUUAAUGAUAAUCGUAUAUUCUCAAUGGUUUAAUACAAA